AUGUGCCAAAAUUCCUCGAUUCCUUCGCACAGAAUCUUCACUUCUGCUUGACGCUGUGUUUGCGAUGCAACCAACAAAAUACCAAAAUGAUUUCCUUGAUUCCUUCUAAGUAAAUGUUUCGUCCAUAUAUAAGUGACCUGAUAGGGAAGCUUUGUGAUGAACAAUCCAUACCUUGAGAAUUCAAAUCCAACAGAAAAAUGGAGCUAACAAUAGCAGUGGUGGUUGGAUUGAUCCUUGUGCUCCUAGCAGUCGCCUUCCUUCGUGCAAACGCUUUCCCAAAGGAAAUGGAUGUCAUCCCCGGUAGCCUUGGUUGGCCAGUCAUCGGCGAGAGUUUCUCCUUUAUAUCUGAGUUUUCAAGUCCUUCUGGUAUAUUCAGUUUCAUGAACAAAAGGCAACAAAGAUACGGGAAGGUGUUUAAGAGCUACGUUUUAGGACGAUAUAUGGUGUUUACAACUGGUAGAGAAGCAAGCAAGGUGUUAUUAACAGGAAAAGAUGGAAUGGUUAGCUUGAACCUGUUCACCACAGGUCAAAAGGUGUUGGGCCCCAAUAGCUUGCUUCAACAGAAUGGAGAAGACCACAAGCGUCUCAGACGCCUCAUUGCUGAACCCCUCUCCAUUGAUGGCCUCAAGAAAUAUUUCCAGUUUAUCAACGAUUUGGCUAUUGAGAUGUUUGAUCAGUGGGAAGGACAAAAAGUUCUGGUUCUUGAAGAAGCUUCAACAUUCACUUUAAAAGUUAUAGGAAACAUGAUAAUGAGCUUAGAGCCUGAGGGUGAAGAGCAAGAGAAAUUUCGAGACUAUUUCAAGAUCAUUUCUUCUUCCUUUGCAUCCUUGCCUUUUAAUAUACCAGGGACUGCGUUCUAUCGUGGCAUGAAGGCACGGGAUGGGAUGUUUGAGAUGUUAGACACGAUAAUAGCAAGAAGAAGAAAUGGAAGUGAUAUGCAACAAGAUUUCUUGGGGUCAUUGAUUAAGAAGCAUGGAAAAGAAGGAUCAGAAGGAAAAGAUGACGAUGAAAAACUAACGGAUGCACAAAUGAAGGACAACAUAUUAACACUGCUAAUUGCAGGUCACGACACAACAACUGCUGCCCUUACAUGGCUCGUUAAAUUCCUGGGAGAAAAUCAUGCAGCCUUGGAUCAACUCAGAGAGGAACAUAUGGAAAUCCGGAGCAAGAGGAAAUCUGGAUCAAAUCUCACAUGGUCCGAAGUCAACAACAUGCCUUAUACAGCAAAAGUAGUUAGUGAGACUCUACGAAGAGCGACGAUCUUACCUUGGUAUUCCAGAAAAGCUGCAAUGGACUUUGAGAUCGAUGGAUAUAGUAUCAAGAAAGGUUGGUCAGUAAACUUGGAUGUAGUGUCUAUUCACCAUGAUCCACAAGUGUUUGCCGACCCUCAUAAAUUUGAUCCAUCUAGAUUCGAUGACCCCCUGAGAUCUUUCAGCUUCCUUGGGUUUGGAAAUGGACCUCGUAUGUGUCCUGGAAUGAAUCUGGCGAAACUUGAAAUUUCGAUUUUCAUUCAUCACCUUGUCUGCAGAUACAAGUGGAAACCUCUUGAGAAAGAUGACUCCGUCCAGCCUACACUUGUCCGGAUGCCAAAAAACAAGUAUCCAAUCAUCGUCGAGUCUCUGUAGUGAAUUUCUGCGAAUAAACUACGUACAAUGGCACAAAAGCUAAGUACGGAUGGCAAUAAACACAAGUGAUUACAGUCUAACAAUUACGUUUAGCCAACAUUUCAUUGGAAUCGUCAACCAUUAUUAAAUUGGAGCAA